GAAAUACGGCAGAUUUCAGCAAGAAAUUUAGUGCCAAACAGGGCCACAAAUCUCUUUUAUUGAGAAGGAUAUUGCAGAUAUUCUUGAUCUUUAGAAUAUUGUUGAUAUUCAAGAAAGUGUACAGGAAAAUAUAUAUUUCUCUAUGAUCUUUCCCGCUCAAACUUUUCCGACAUUUCCGUUCAAAAUUCCGUCAACUUGGCGAUAGAAUUCGCUUGGCGAUCAUCUUUUUCAGUUGAUCAACAAAAUAUAGGGUUAUUAAAAGUCCGGCAUUCAAGACAAAGUGCUUGUCAAAUCUUUAUUUAAUUUUGAAUGCUAGACCUGGCAAUCAAGAUUUUGUGCUAUCUGUGACGUCAUAAAUAAAUAGAGAUACUUACGUUUACGCUAAUCGGUGUUGAUUUGACAUCCUUUCUGAUUUAUGAAUUGAAAAAAAUGGGAAUAAUAUUUUAGAAAUCUCUGUAAUUGUUGUGCUACACUCAGCAUGACAUUCUCGACUGUCAUUUUUGUAACAUACGAUUAGUUUAGAAACGGUUUUGUAUGUCUUCUCAAGUAAUUGCUCUUAACAUCUGGAAUCUGUGUUAAUGAUGGCUGUAUUUAAUGUUACAGAUGUAACUAACAUUUCAACAAUUGCCAUUCCUCCUGAAAUGAGUAAUGAAACGCAAGGAAUGAUAGUGAAAGAUAAUGCUACUACUAAUUCUUCCGACAUAGAUGUGCCGCCAACUUUUCUUCAAACGACUGGUGCCCAAGUGAUUUCAGGAGUAUUUGUCUGGUUUGCACUCUUCUUGACUUGCCAUCAGAUCUACCAGCAUCUACGUUAUUACACGAGUCCUUCUGAGCAACGUUGGAUUGUGAGAAUUUUAUUCAUCGUACCCAUUUAUGCUUUUGAUUCUUGGCUGAGUUUGCUGUUUUUUCAUGACAAUUAUUAUAUAUAUUUUGAUAGUGUUCGGGAUUGGUAUGAAGCGUUUGUUAUCUAUAAUUUCCUGAGCUUAUGCUAUGAGUAUUUGGGUGGAGAAGGCAAUAUCAUGUCAGAAAUUCGUGGAAAACCAAUCAGGUCUAGUUGGUUAUAUGGAACUUGCUGUUUAGGCGGGAAACAAUAUAGUAUAGGUUUCUUACGAUUUUGUAAACAGGCAACACUUCAGUUUUGUGCCGUGAAACCCAUGAUGUCUGUUAUUAUACUUAUUUUGCAACCUCUUGGAAAAUAUUCAGAUGGAGAUUGGAGGCCCAAUAGUGGAUAUUUAUACAUCACAAUUAUCUAUAAUAUAAGUGUAACAUUUGCUCUCUAUGGGCUUGUUCUAUUUUACUUUGCGACAAGUGAGCUUUUGUCUCCAUUUGAACCUGUUUGGAAGUUUUGUACAGUCAAGUCUGUCAUAUUUUUGUCUUUUUGGCAAGGGUUCGUGUUGGCAAUUCUUGAAAAAGUUGGCGUGAUUGUACCAAUAUUUGCAACUCGAGUGAGUACUCACACUGCAAGCGCUGGCACUGUUUCAGCCGGUAUUCAGAAUUUUCUGAUCUGCAUUGAGAUGUUUUUUGCUGCACUUGCUCUGCGUUAUGCUUUCCCUUAUAGGGUAUACAUGCAGGAUUGUGUGACUGAUUCCCAAGGACGUUCUGUUACAAUGCAAAGCAUAUCAAGUAGCCUAAAAGAAACAAUGAAUCCUAAAGAUAUUAUGAAUGAUGCCAUACAUAAUUUUCAUCCUCAAUACCAACAAUAUACUCAAUAUACUGCCCCAGCCGCUCCUGUGAGUCAUUGGGGCAGCAUUCAAGAUAAUCCUGCUCCCCGACGCAGCAACAACUCUCAACAUCGCCAAAUAUCUACUAUAAGUCAUAAUUAUAAUGAAAAGUCUACUCUUCUCAGCUCUGAUGAUGAAUUUCAGUAGAACAAGCUUUGGUUUUUCAUCUCUUUGUUUUCAUCCUCUUAUGUGCAGAAGAUACUUAAAAAGAGUUCACUCUAAAAUCUGAACAAAAUAAAUUUUGGAAAAUCUACUGAUUUCUAAUUUUUUUAAUUUUUAUUUAAAGCAACUAAAAAAACGAAUAACAUUCUUAAGUGUCAAACUUUAAUUUUAUAUUUGAAUACAAAGGACUCAAGAAUAUCCAGCUACUACAAUUAUAAUUUAUUCCAGUAAAUUUGAUAAUUUUAUGAAUAAUCACAUUUAUUAUUUUGCUAUGAGUAAAUUGUGGCAAUUUAUUUUGAAAUACUUAAGUAAGAGUGCAUAAAAUAUGCAGUCCAGCAAAAUUUCAAGCAGAUCAAAUAUUUCCAUGUAUAUAUGUUUUCAAGAUUUGCACAGAAUUUAAAUGUUAUUGAUUAUGGGAAGCUAAAAAGUUAUUCUUAUAAUUAUAUAAACAUUUUAACAUAUGCUUGUCUUCUGCACAUUGUUAUUGUCAUCUAGUCAUUUGUAUAUUUUUGAUGCUUUAGUUUUUUUUAAUAUCAUUUUUGUAUAUUGAUUGCUUUUUUAAUCUGUUUUUUAAAGAGUAUUUAUUUAAUACAUUCUGUUAUGUCUGCAAUUAUAUUUACUUCUUUGGUGUUUUGUUUACUUGUAAAAAUGUUGAUAGUUUUUUUAAAUGUUGAUAGAAUUUGUUUAUUUUCUUCUUAAAGUGGAUUAUAUAGUUUAUCAAUUUCAGUUUUAUUAAGACAAUUUAUGUAAUUUUCACCACUCAAGCAGUUGUCACAAUUCUAAUGAACACAUUUGACCUUAUAAAAAAGUAUACCUUUAAUACUUUUUUUAAUCAGACAUUUUACAAUGCAGUAAACAAAAAAACAAAACUAGUUAAAUAAAAGUAAAAAGUUACAAUUUUGAUAGAGAUUAAUAAAAAUUACUAAUUGUAAAUUGUAUCAUAAUAAUAAAUAAAAAAUUUCACUGACGCUAUUAUUUGUCAAUAUAUAAAACAAGUAAUGUCUAUAAGUUGUAUAAAAAUGUCAUGUCUUGAAAAUUUGAAUGUUAGCUUGCAUGCAAUCUCAAUUUAAGUGAAAGUUCUUAUUUCGAUUUUCUACAAAUGUCCUUGACUGUAUCUCAAUGCCAUCUUAGUUCAGCACUUCUCUAUCAAGGGAUUCUGUCGGACUCAAAACGAAAAGAAAACAUUACAGUCCAAGCUAUUGUUGUAUUACUGAAUACAUUUUGCCUUGUUAUCUAUAUAGUUAAGGGGAUGGCCGACUUUGUUUCAUUUUUUUCAUACUCUGCUCCUUAGUAAAAAAAAAAAAAAAAGACAAAAGAAAAUUGUUUUAAGGCGAUAACAGGCUAUUUCUGUAUUUAGUAUAUAAUGCCAUUAUUAAAAUGCAGAUAAAAGUUGUAGCAAAGGGAAUUAAUAUUUUUAAGGCUUCAAUGAUCAGGCCUAUCUAUUCACUUUGAUAAGCAAGCCAAAAUUUGUUUAAAAGAAGCAUUCAUUAUGAUAAAUAAUAGUUUUUACUCUCUUUUUGUCUCCUUAUUUUUUUUCCUUGCAUAGCUUCGGGUGGGAGGAGUCACAUUUUUGUUUACUUAUGAAGGGGUUGCUGAGCCAAAAAGUUUGAGUGACAUUUCCCUAAGGAUUAUACAGAUAAAAAAAACUUUGCAUCUUAGAAUAACUAUUCACUAUUUAAAGCCUCUAUAAAUAAAACUUCUUCAAAAAUAAAAUCUUUUACUAUAUUUUGAUUUUCACUGUUAGGAAUGUACAUUUUAAGCUGUACUAAAUUAUUAAGUAAGUCAACUUACUAAGGUUCAGUUUUUACAGUUAUAUUAUUAACUUUUAUUUGUUAUUCAAAAUUCGUUAUUAUUUUUUGAAGUGAAAAAUAGUCUCACAUUGCGAUUUCAAACCCAACUAUUUUGGUACAUUUGUCUCUCUUAUGGAAGUAAUGUAUGAUGAAAUUAAAGAUAGAAUAUCUUAAAGGGUAAGACAGAAGAAGUAACUGAAAAUGUUGUGGGACUCAAGUCCUGAAGUUUGUGUUAUUACUGUUGUUGUAUAUUAAAUGUGAUUGUUGAUAUGCUCGAUGUGCUUACUAGAUAUGUAGAGUUAUGCUGUGUAUUAUUUUAUUUAUCAAAGUAUUUUUAAUGCUGGUUUCCCUAUGUAGUGAUACUGUGAUACCCUAUAUUUUUUAUUUCUUAUUUUGAAAUUGAAGAACUCUUAAUUCUUCAGGCUAAGGUUUAAAGAAAAUGCUAAGUUCUUAUCAUUCAACCCAUUACUAAGUUAAUACCAGUCAUAAUAUAUUUUCCAGCAAAGUUUUAGUUUUUACUGCAUGCUGUAGAAUUUUUUUUUUAAGUGAAUAUUUUUGACAUGCUGUUCUAAGUAAUUAACAAAAAAUUUGAAACAAUGAAAAGUAUGUAUAUAUAUUUAUGUAUAUACACACACAGGGGGAUUAUAAUUUAAGUUUUAAUGUGCUAUAAAAUAAAAAAGAACCACUGAUCAGAAAGACAUCAAAUUUGAACGGAAUAUUAUUGAAGAAGGGGGAAAACGUAUGGCUUAUGAAAAAAAUAUUCAAAAAUUUUAGCAACUAAUGACCCUGUAAACACAAUAAUUUAAAAGGGUUUGACAACAAAUGGCAAAUAAAUUGUAAAACAAUGGCUAACGUCAAACCAAUAGUAUUGUUCAGUGAUCAUGAUUUUACAGAUACUGUAAGUGAUACUGUUAAACUCACCAUCAUAUCACAUAAGAUGGGAAAAAUCUGCUUUUAAUUGUCCAGAGCCCAAAAACCACAUAAAAGGCAUCAAUCAAAUCAGUCUAAAUUUUGUUAGACUUUCUCAAAACAUGUUCAAUAUUCUGUCCUCUGUUUCCUGCUAUAAGUUGAAAUGAUGAAAUUACAUGUUCUGUAACUGACCAAAGUGUCUCCAAGGACACAUUCAGAAUCUGUUGUGUCAUGCGUGCCUGUUAAACAGCCAUUCAUUGUCCACUCGCAUGUAAAUAAAUUCUAAGCAAAAGUCUCUCUUGCUAGCUGAUGAUCAGGAAGCAACUCAUGCACAUGGGUAAGUUUAGAAGAAUAUCACUCAAGGACGUUUCGUAAAAUUUUAUGCAUCAUGCUAACAGGCAUAAUGAAUGUUCGGUUAUAUCCUGUGCACUGUUCACUACUGAUCGAUUCCUCCCACUUUGCUGUGACCACUUCUUCAGUUGAUGUUGAACCAAUUCUUUUUCUCUCUAUCUGAUUGCACAUCAAAAGAACCUGUUUUUUGUAAUUUCUGAAUACUUUUCUUCAGACCCGCAUCUGUUAUCAUGCCACUUCUCUUUAUACCCUUGAAUGUCUAGAACUUAUGCAAAGCUGCUGGUUCACAGCCAUCGUUCUUGUUUAUCAAAUUAUUAAAGCUUUAUAAGCUGAGUCUGAUAGUUCAUUGAGACAGUCAUGGCAUCCUUCCCAGAUGCCAAUCAAUGAAAAGCUGCCUACUCGGUGUUUUAAAAAAAAUGUAAAUAGAUGUAAGUUUUCCGUACAUGUAUUGCUAAAAUUUUCCUUAUGCCAUACGCUUUCCCCCUUCUUCAUUAAUAUUCGUUUCAAAUUUGAUGUUUUGUUGAGUGGUUCUUUUUUAUUUUUAUUUUAUAGCAUUUUGAAAUUUAAACUUUUAUUGAAAUCAUAUUGUGUGUGUGUUAAAUAUGUAUAAUUUGCUUUGUAAUGACCACCUUUAAUUUUUCUUUGAAUCCUUGUUAAAAAUGAUGUUAAAUAUACACAUCAUCAAAAAAAAAUGUAUCAGAUAUUAAAACUUGUAACUGUUUCAAAAAUAUAUCUUUCCACAACUCUGUGUUUCUUCUGGCAAUUUAACAGAUUGUGAAGUAUUCAACUCCAUCUUUCUCUGUAGUGAUUUGUUAGAUUUCAAUAGAAAUUUUUUUUCCUAGCUAAAAUAUUGAAUUUAGAUUUCUAAUAUGUAUGCUUUUAUUUAAUUUAAUUUUUAACAAGGAUUAUCAAAAUUUGCAUUUAAAGCAGUCAUAAAAUAUCAUUACAUAUACAUAGGCUACAAUCAUUCCUUUUCUAUUAAAUUAUUAAGAACAGUUGUAGUAAGAGUGUGUACAGAAGUAUUGGUAUUUUUCUUUUAAACCAUCUUAUAUUGUUUAUUUUAUUUGUUACAUGAAUUUAUGAAUAUUUAAUGAGGAAAGAAUUUAAUGUUCAUUUUCUUUCAAACAUUUUUUAUUAUCUUCCUGCGAAGUAUUUCUUGAAUUUUGAAACAUCUAUAUGAUUUGGUAAUCUUAGCCAUUCAUUUAUAUAAUAUAUCUAACCAAAUUGCAUUUAGCACUAUAUUCUUUCAUAUUUCUAUGUGAUAUAGUUGUAUGAGCAGCUAUUCUAUGUUUAUUGUCUCUUUUACAAUUGUAUAUUCGUUUUAUGGGCUUUAUUUCUAUUAUUUUUAUGUUGUAUUUAAAAAUAAAUAAUUGUAUGUCUAUUUUUAUUUA